AUGCUGGAAAUCACUGAGCUGUGCUUCAGUGUGGACCAUGGCUACCUGGAGGGCCUAGUGCGAGGGUGCAAAGCCAGCCUCCUGACCCAGCAAGAGUACAUCAACCUGGUCCAUUGUGAGACCCUGGAAGAUCUGAAAGUUCAUCUCCAGACCACUGACUAUGGCAACAUCUUGGCAAGUCAAAUGGACCCUCUCACCAUUUCCAAAAUUGACACCGAGAUGAAGAAAAAGUUGUACAGAGAAUUUAAGCAUUUCUGAAUUCAGUCCCUGGAGCCCCUGAGCACAUUUUUCACCUACAUGAUGUGCAGUUACAUGAUUGAUAAUGUGGUUCUACUGAUGAAUGGCACCUUGCAGAAAAAGUCUGUGAAGGAAGUUCUGAAGAAGUGUCACCCACUGGGCCAUUUCACAGAAAUGGAAGCUGUCAACAUCACAGAGAUGCCUUCUGAUCUCUUCAAUGCAGUCCUGGUGGAAACUCUUCUCAGCUCAUUAUUUUAAGACUGCAUGUCCGAAAAUACAUUAGAUGAACUGAAUAUUGAAAUACUGUGCAGUAAACUGUACAAGUCUUACCUGGUGGCAUUUUAUAAAUUCUGUAAGAAUCACGGUGAUGUCAUAGCAGAAAUUAUGUGUCCCAUUCUUGAGUUUGAGGUGAACAGACAUGCUAUCAUCACUCUUAACUCCUUUGGCACAGAAUUAAGCAGAGAUGACCAAUAGGCUCUCUACCCAACCUGUGGCAAGCUCUACCCUAAGGGACUACAUCUGCUGGCCCAAGCAGAUGACUUCAAACAGAUGAAGAGAGUAGCAGACCACUAUAGAGUAUACAAGCCUCUGUUUGAGACUGUGGGUGAUGGCAGUGGGAAAAAGUCUUUGGAAGAUGUGUUUUAUGAGCAUGAGGUGAAAGUGAAUGUGCUGGCAUUCAACAGGCAGUUCCACUGUGGUGUGUUUUAUGCUUACAUUAAAUUGAGGGGACAAGAAAUGAGAAACAUUGUGUGGAUUGUAGAGUGCAUCUCACAAAGACAUCGGACUAAAAUUAAUAGCUACAUUCCAACUCUGUAA